AGGCCGCCAGGGACCACGGGUUCCAGCCCACAGACUUGGCUCAGCUGCACACCAUCUUCGACAGCCUCGACGACGACUGCAGUGGCAACCUGAACAAGGCGGAGGUUUGGGAGGCCCUCAAGAGCCUCCGCGGCGGCGGAUCUCUGCAGCAAGAUGACCGGGCCGACGUACGACAUCGUCUUCCGCCAUUGCGACACGGACGGCAGCGGCUGCGUCGACUUCAUCGAAUUCCUCGGGCUCCUCGGCCUCGCGCGGGACAAGGUGGGCUUCUUCUCCAACAACCGGGCCAUCGCCCGUGUCACAGACCUGCGGCAGACGGAGGUCGAGCGGAUCCUCGGCUUCUUCGGGCGGCUGGGCGGGGGGUCGGAGGACGAGGAGGAGGCAACCCGUUUCAUCGUUCAUCGCGACAAGGGUACGGAUGUCUUCGAGUCACCAGAGUCGUGGGCCGUUCUCCGCCACUUGAAGAAGGGGGACGUUGUCACCGGCGUCGGCGAUCCGAAGUGGGUCGAUGGCUACUUGUUGCAGCCGAUCGCUCCCAAUGGUUUGGUAGAGACGGAGUUCUUGACAAAGGCGGCGGGGAAGCAGCUGCUGCGCCGGAAACGGGGCAAUGAGGACACCGAGGAGGAGGAGCCUCCCAGCCACGAGCACCUGCAGGA